AUGGCGACUACAACCCCACAAAAAGAACGUCAGCUUUUACAGCAGGCAGAAAAGACCCUAUUACAUCCAAUUCACCCACAUUUGAUAUCCUACUGCCCUAGCAUGGAUCUUGUUGCAGUAGUCACGGAUGAGGAGAAUCUAGAUGUCUAUAGAAUCAACGGCCAAAGGGCUUUUGGUCUAAAGAGAAAGAGCGAGGAUGUGUGCGUCGAUGCACUGCAGUGGGAAUUUAACGGCAAAAGUAUCGCUGUUAGUUGGAGCGAUGGGAGCACAGACCUGAUCAGUGCAGAAACAGGUAAGGUUACGCACAAAGAUGUCAUGCUACCGGAUGUCGAAGAAGGAAAUGGUAGCAUGACAAAAGAAGCUCCAGCACGGGUCAAGUGUAUAGGCUGGGGUCUGAAUUUCAUCAAUGUCGAUGCUGUAAAAAAGAGAACAGGGUUGAUGUCAAAGACGAAUGGCACCACAUCUGAGAAGACUGAUGCAUUUGGGAACCCUACAACCGAAGAUUGGGAUGUUUUCAAGGAUGACACAACGUUAGAGGAUUUCCUGCAACGGCAACCUGAUUUCCAAACUUUGGAUAUUGCACCCGAUCUGCCAGAUCAACUUGCGAUGAUGGACACGGAAGCGCUAUUGCCCAAACUUCCUGCGAUACCGCUCCCCCCAGCACUACCGUUCAUGCGCGUAUCGCAGGCAGAUUCCGGUGCAUUUGGUUCUCAAGCCGAGGUGGAUUCGUUGUUGCAUUCACAUCACUUGAAGGAUCAUAACUCUGUGGACAUGUUCAUCCGUUUAUCUGACCGAGGGACCGUACACCCGUCAAUAUACGAUUCGCUAGAAACAGUCAACGUCCAACUACCGAAGACAUGGAACACAUUACAUAUGCCGCUAUUGCAUACAAGCCAUCCAUACAGCUGUACCCACAGCCUUUUGAUGCGGACAAUAUCCGCUGCCUCGCCAGCAAGAAAGAGUAUCGCCUUUGUUCCGCUCACUCUAAACUUCAUCCCAACCGCAGGAAUCUACCUCCACCUCAUAGCCGCAAAAAGUUCGCAAUUACAGAACCUUCUUCUUUACAUCACACAAACCCUGCAACGGGUCAGGGCUUUCUUUAAACACGCGCAAGAUUUGCCGCGAAAGUUUAUGAUGAACAUAAGCGAGACACUCGAAGAGAAAGAGUUGGGCGACCUAGUCACGAAUCUGUUCCACAUAGCGUGUACAGGGAAUUGUAACCCUACAAUGAAAGAAUGGCUGGUCGACGAGCUAGCAGAAGCAGGCCAUAAGCGUUGGGACACGACCGUCACAUCCUCCUUUACAACACUUCUUGCCCUUCUUCACGAGAACCUCAUCCCGGCCUUGGACCGCUGCUCCAUUGUCGUAUCACGUUUGCGUGGUCUCGCGCAGUUUCAUGAUCGAGACUGGAUCUUCAGCGGACCCAUCACCGACUUCUCAGCCCUUUUAGAAACGCUGAAAAACAUGAGGCUGCUCGCUCAUACUGCCAUGCUCUAUGCGACGGAAGAGAAGCGCCAAUUUCACAGCUUCAGCAAGUGGCUGCGCUUCACUAUUGAUUUCCAGGCUACAGAGCCAGAAUCCCAAUCGCGCGUAGAAAUGGAACAACGGGAUCCGGGAGUCGACGUAUCACAGGUCCUUGCAUAUAUCCAGUAUGGCCUCACCAAAUCUGAUGUUGCUCUCUACCUGGGGCCGGAAGCUCAGUUGGACCCCAAAAGUCGAGAGAAGGAGGCGGCAAGUUAUGAAGACACAAAGAGGGCAAUUGCUUUGCUGAAAGAAGGAGCAACGUUCAAGGAAGAGGCACUGUGUUUGGAACAUGUACUGCGACAUUUGGCAACGGGCGUAACGGGGUUGCUGAAACAGGUGAGCAAAUGGCAGCAGGCUAAUAUCCAAAUGGACUCGGGCCUUGUCCUCGAAGACAUGGGAGCUGAAGAUGAGGAAUCGAAUAUUGUGGCGGAUAUGCGAAUGGUAUCUGAGAAGCCUUCUCAAGAAACUUGGUCCGAUACCAUGUCGACAUAUAUCCUCUUCUCCUCAAAAUCCACACCAGCCCAUCUACACAUCCACCGCCUCGCCCACGCCCAUAGUAUAUCCCACCUAGCACGCGAUCUCCACUCCCACGCCAUAUCCACACUGGACUUCAGCACCGGAGACAACUCGUCAACCAAGAUCCUCGACGCCAAAUUCGCAGACGACGAAAACUUGCUUGUCCUCUUGCAACUCUCGCCGUCAGAUGGCGACCGCAAGAAACACUCCAAGCCAACCAACGUUAUCGUCUCUCUACCUUAUACACCCACUACCGUGUCACCGAUGCAUAAGCAGCACCAGCAACAUCAAAAAGAACAGUUGAUAUACUUUACCCCCAUCUCUUCUCCCGCUGCAGUCCCGUCUUGCCUCCUCCCUCAAGGCAAACCCGUAGCGCAUUCCUCUCGACAAACCAUCCCCGUAACGCCCGAGGACGUAGAAAAGUACACGCGCCACGUAUUUGAAGGCCGCUUUACACCGCUCAAGUUGGUGGUCAACGGGCGAAAGGACAGGCGAGUGAUUGUGGUUUUGGCAAGCGACAGGAAGCACUAUAGGAUCUUGGAUAUGGAUUACAGUGUCAAGAAGAAGAGGAGGAAGAGCAAGGCCAGUGCAGAUGUAGAGGAUGACAACGAUGACAGUGGUAGUGAUCAGAAUGGACAUCAAGGGUACACAAGUCAGCACGUAGACGGAGACGUUGAAAUGGGUGGGGCAUAA